CACUAGUAUUAGUACUCUCCCACUGUGACUGGGUGAACUUCGGAUUUUCAGAGUCAGACACUGGGAAGAUGGUGCUCCCCUCUCUUCUCGGGAUCUUGUGCUUAAUCUCUACAGGUUUCUGUGUGAGGCAGCCAACUGGUGAUAUCUGGGGAGAGUAUGGGCCGUAUGGAGCCUGCAGCCGCACAUGUGGCACCGGAGUAGCUGUGAGAACCAGGGUCUGCAACACUAUGAGGACGGAUGGUGGACACAAUUGCGUGGGGCCAUCCAAAUCCUACAAACUCUGUAACACACAAGAAUGUCCUGCUGGAUCUAGAGAUUUCCGUGAAGAACAGUGUUCUCAGUUUGACCGCAUAGAAUUCCAGGGAAAACGUUACACCUGGCAGCCAUACUAUGGAGCUUCAAACCCAUGUGAGCUUGUAUGCGUGCCUAGAGGAGAGAGCUUCUACUACCAUCACCGACCCACUGUGGUGGAUGGUACCCCAUGCUAUGUGGGCCGUAGAGAUGUCUGUGUGGAGGGUGUCUGCAGAGCGGUGAGCCAUGGCGAGAUUGUGGAAGUUAAAGUUCCCUCUUUUCCCAUCACCACCAGACAUGGUCCUGGGGCCUCUGACCAUUUAAUGGACACCUUCACGUACACAUUUGACUCCUAUUCAGAGUGUUCAGUUCACUGUGGUGGAGGCAUACAGAGCCGUACUGUGCUCUGUAUUAAUGAGAGAACAUCAGUUGUAGUAGACGAAUCCCUCUGCAUGGCACUAGGCCUCAGGAGACCAACUUCUCAGCUGGCCUGUAACCAGUAUCCCUGUGCCGAGUACAGUGUCGGUCCCUUUGGCGAUUGUUCAGUGACAUGUGGUGAAGGACAUCAGACACGAGAGGUGUUCUGUGUCGGGGGCAGAGGGGAGCGUGUCCCUGAGCACCACUGUAGUGGUCUCUCACACCCACAUGAUGUCAGAUCGUGUCAGAAACCAGCUUGCCACCAAGUCUUUAGAUACUACACUGGAGACUUUAGCCUGUGUACCCGUAGCUGUGGAACUGGCACUCGGGAGCGCAAGGUGGUGUGCAUGGAUUUGGAUCACAAUCAAUAUGGUGAUGAAAGAUGUGCUUCACUUAGCAGACCUCAAGCUGUGGAGAACUGCAACACACAGCCCUGCCCCAACACACAGAUGGUGCCCAGCGUGCAGGACCCCAGUGGUUACGAGAGCUCCUUGCGUGGAUUUGUGCCUCAUACCCAUGAUGCACACACAGUUCAUAGACCAAGCGAUCCAUACCCUUCUGUGUCUGGCCCACAUUGUGCCCAGUCAUAUUAUGGCUGCUGCCCUGAUGGCCAUACUGCAGCCUCUGGCCCUCGAGGAGAAGGCUGUGCUCAGGAAGAUUGUCAUAGGACCAGAUUUGGCUGCUGUCUGGAUGGGGUAACAGCUGCCCAUGGUUCUGGAAGAGCAGGAUGUCCUGAUUUCAUCUAUAGGGAUUAUAGCCCAGUUCGUCAACCCUCUGCUAGUGCAUGCUCUUUGACACAGGAUGUUGGGUCCUGCUAUGAAUGGACAUCUCGUUUCUACUUUGAUUCUUCCUCUGGCUCCUGCUCACAGUUCUGGUAUGGUGGUUGCCAAGGCAAUGGCAAUAACUUUGUAUCCAAGCAAGAAUGUGAGCAGACAUGUCAGGGUGCUGCCAGAGGCAUUGCCCCAAGGGAGCCGACAUCCAGGAGAGUGGUCAAUGGCAUCAGAGGGUACAGACUGAGAUCACGUGCACGUGCAUGAGUGGGAAAAAUGAAGGGUUACUGUAAUCCCAAUUAUAAACACACAAAAAUGUAUUCAAUAUACAACAAUUAUUUAUUUAAAGGUCCACUCAGUAAUUUUUAAUGUUGUGCUGGCCAUUAAAACCGUCAAAAGUUUUCAGUUACAGAUAGAUACCAUAGCAGAAAUGCUCUAUUUACAGUCAGCCAUGAUUAAUUUAUUCUGUGAGAAAAAGUGUCCAAUAACAAGGGGGGUUUCAAAGAUUAAAUGAGUAGUACUUGGCUGGUUAUAUAAUGUUAAUAUAAUAUUAAUGUUAAUGUUGCCCCCACGAGGUGACCGACUCCAUAUAGAAUAAAUAUGGAGUCUUCAUCUCAUUUAAGUGUACAUGAUUUUAAACAUAUUUAUAAAAACUACUAUGCAUUUCUUUAUUUAUAAGACUUGUUAAUGAGAAGAAAAAAAUUACUGAGUACACCUUUAAACUUCAAUGGUCAGUUCAGAGAAAUACAUUUACUAGUCAAACCUAACAGCAUCAGAACAGCAUGUACAUUUUAAUGAUUUCAUGAAAAUAAACAUUUGUUGAUGUUUAGAAUAAAGCUAAAAAAAAAUAUUAGAAAGUUAUAUAUACUUUCAUUCACUCAUAUGCUUUUCAAUUCCUAUGUUGUCAAUGUUCUUUCAACUUUAUAUUCUUGCUAUUGCCAUUAAAGUGAGAACACAAACCAUGAACACUGAAGUUGAUUCCACUUUUUGGGCACUCACAGUGCACUUAUGAGGAUUUACAAGAAUAAAUAUCUUCUAUGCAAAUCUUCAUUGUUUGUGAU